UUAGCAACUGCGGGACGGCGGCGGCGCUGGCCUCCCGGGAGCCACGCCCUCCAGGAUUCUCUGUCCGUGGGAUUCUCCAGGCAAGAAUACUGGAGUGGGUUGCCAUGUCUUCCUCCAGGGGAUCUUCCUGACCCAGGGAUUGAACCUAUGGCCUGUACACCUCCUCCAUUGGCAGCUAGUGACACCUGAGCUGCUCAAGGCGGGAAGAAUUCAGAGCAGUGGAGGCCCUGCGGAAUCUGGAGAGAAGAGGUGACCUUGGAACCAGUAAUGAGCCAUCCUGACUACCGGCUGAACCUGAGGCCCCUGGGGACCCCCAGAGGUGUGUCCUCUUUGGUUGGCCCACAUGGUGUUGGUGCUUCGCCAGGUGACAAAAAGUCAAAGAACAAGACCACACGAGGGAAGAAAAAGAGCAUAUUUGAAACCUACAUGUCCAAGGAGGAUGUUUCAGAAGGCCUGAAGAGAGGAACACUUAUCCAGGGUGUUUUGAGAAUUAAUCCAAAGAAGUUUCAUGAAGCCUUCAUUCCUUCUCCGGAUGGUGAUCGAGACAUUUUUAUUGAUGGCGUUGUUGCUCGUAAUAGAGCCUUGAAUGGGGAUCUGGUGGUCGUGAAGCUGCUUCCAGAGGAGCAGUGGAAGGUAAUUAAACCGGAGAGCAAUGACAAGGAAACAGAAGGUGCCUAUGAGUCUGAUCUCCCCGAGGAGCUCUGUGGAAGCCAGCUUCCGCAACAGUCCCUGAAAGGCUAUAAUGACAGUCCUGAUGUCAUUAUAGAGGCGCAGUUUGAUGACAGCGACUCAGAAGAUGGACAUGGCAACACUCAAAAUGCUCUGGUUGAUGGUGUUAAGAAACUCUCAGUUUGUGUUCAGGAAAAAGGCAAAGAGGAUGCUGGUGCCCCAGUGAUAAAAGAUGAGAACACCUUCACGUCACAGGACUCCAGAGCGUUACCAGAGAAGUCACAGCAGAGAUCAGCAAAGGUGGUUUACAUCUUGGAGAAGAAGCACUCACGUGCAGCGACUGGCUUCCUCAAACUCUUGGCUGAUAAGAACAGUGAACUGUUUAGGAAAUAUGCCCUGUUUUCUCCCUCGGACCACCGGGUGCCUAGAAUAUACGUGCCUCUCAAGGACUGUCCGCAGGACUUUGUGACCCGGCCCAAAGACUAUGCCAACACACUGUUCAUCUGCCGCAUCAUGGACUGGAAGGAGGACAGCAACUUUGCCCUGGGGCAGCUGGCGAAGAGUCUUGGGCAGGCUGGUGAAAUUGAGCCUGAGACAGAAGGGAUACUUACAGAGUAUGGUGUGGAUUUCUCUGAUUUCUCUUCAGAAGUUUUAGAAUGUCUCCCUCAAGGCCUGCCUUGGACAAUUCCACCAGAGGAAUUCAGCAAGAGAAGAGAUUUAAGAAAAGACUGUAUCUUCACCAUUGACCCGUCAACCGCCCGAGACCUCGAUGACGCCCUCUCCUGCAAGUCCCUCGCUGAUGGCAACUUUGAAGUGGGCGUGCACAUUGCUGAUGUCAGUUACUUUGUUCCUGAAGGAUCCAGUCUGGAUAAAGUGGCUGCUGAGAGAGCUACGAGUGUCUACUUGGUUCAGAAGGUUGUCCCCAUGCUUCCCAGGCUGCUGUGUGAAGAGCUGUGUAGCCUCAAUCCCAUGACCGACAAGCUGACCUUCUCCGUGAUCUGGACACUAAGUCCGAAGGGCAAGAUCCUCGCUGAAUGGUUUGGCCGGACCAUCAUCCGCUCCUGCACCAAACUGAGCUACGAGCACGCGCAGAGCAUGAUUGAAAGCCCGACCAGGAGAAUCCCGGAGAGGGAGCUGCCUGCCAUCUCCCCCGAGCACACGUGUGACGAGGUGCACCGGGCUGUCUUGAACCUCCACGGAAUCGCGAAGGAGUUACGCAAACAGCGGUUUGUGGACGGCGCACUGCGUCUGGAUCAGCUAAAGCUUGCUUUCACUCUGGACCAUGAGACUGGGUUGCCUCAAGGAUGUCAUGUCUACGAGUACCGAGACAGCAACAAGCUCGUGGAGGAGUUCAUGCUCUUGGCCAACAUGGCCGUGGCCCACAAGAUCCACCGCGCCUUCCCUGAGCGAGCCCUGCUGCGGCGGCACCCCCCGCCCCAGACCAAGAUGCUCAAUGACCUGGUGGAAUUCUGUGACCAGAUGGGGCUGCCCAUGGACUUCAGCUCUGCAGGGGCCCUCAAUAAAAGUCUGACCGAAAUGUUCAGAGAUGACAAGUACUCCCUGGCCCGGAAGGAGGUGCUCACCAACAUGUGCUCCCGGCCCAUGCAGAUGGCCGUGUACUUCUGCUCGGGAGUGCUGCAGGACCCAGCCCAGUUCCGCCACUAUGCCCUCAACGUGCCGCUCUACACACACUUCACCUCCCCGAUCCGCCGCUUCGCGGAUGUCCUGGUUCACCGCCUCCUGUCUGCUGCACUGGGCUACCGGGAACUUCCAGACGUGGAGCCCGACGCCCUGCAGAAGCAGGCCGACCACUGCAAUGACCGCCGCAUGGCGUCCAAGCGCGUGCAGGAGCUCAGCACCGGCCUCUUCUUCGCCAUUCUGGUCAGGGAGAGUGGCCCCCUGGAGUCGGAAGCCAUGGUGAUGGGCGUCCUGAACCAAGCCUUCGACGUGCUGGUGCUGCGUUACGGGGUGCAGAAGCGUGUGUACUGUAACAUGCUGCCCCUGCGGUCCCACCAUUUCCAGAAGGUGGGCAAGAAGCCGGAGCUCACACUCGUCUGGGAGCCUGAGGACUUGGAACAGGAGCCGGUGCAGCAGGUCAUCACCGUCUUCAGCCUGGUGGAGGUGGUGCUGCAGGCAGAGGCCACCGCCCUCAAAUACAGCGCCAUCCUGAAGCGACCAGGCACCGAGGGCCUCCUGGACCCGCAGGACCAGCUGGGGUGUGGUGACCACAAGGAGGAACAAGACUGAAGCCGCCAGCCUGGCCGCACCCCUCUCCCCGCGCCCCUCCGCCCCCGCUGGAUUUUAGGAAUAGGACCUUUUGACACCAACAGGGAUUUUUUUUUUUAAUUUGGUUUUUAACAACUCAGGGUUUUGUUUUUAUUUUUUUCAUCCUGUUUUAUUUCUGCAGCGCAGUUUUUAAGCUGGAGCGGGGAGAAGGUGGGGCUGGCCGGACAGAAGGCUGAGGCCUGGCCGGUGCUCAGCUGCCCAGAGCUCGACCCGGUCCUCCCGGAGGCCAGCCCCCUUGCUGCCCCGUUACCCACUGCCCGCCCCUGCCCAGGAAACCAGGGGUUUUCAGCAAAUCAGUGUCGUGGAAUAAAAUCAAGUGUGAA